AUGAUUUUCAAUAAAAUUGGGUAUUAUUUCCCAAAGUUAUUAACGCAUACAUUAAUACUUUACACCGCUGUUAUAUGUUUCCUAAAAGUUGACAUUAUACCUAGAGGAUUAAAUGGCUUCUUAUUGACUAUAUUGGUUUUUAUUCAACUUUUCACCUACUGGAGAGUGAUUAAUUUAGGUGCUGGAUGCCCAAGUGAAUUUCCUCUUCUUUCCAUAAACAGAGUGGAAGAUGUUAUGAAUGGAGUUGAACAACCUCCGGAUAUAAUAAAAAACAACUGCAUAUGUGUGAAAAGAGACGGGUCAUAUAGAUUCUGCCGUCAGUGUAAAUUAUGGAAACCAGAUAGAAGUCAUCAUUGUUCAAAAUGUAAUAAAUGCUACUUAAAGAUGGAUCACCAUUGCCCGUGGUUUGCAACAUGUGUUGGCUUUAGAAAUCAGAAAUUAUUUGUACAAUUUUUGUGUUACGUGACAAUAUACUCAGCGUAUGUGUUACUUUUAACCUCCUUGGAAAUGUACUUUUGGUUUUCCGAUGCAAAAUAUGAGACAGAGCUUUUGAACAUGCAUUUACUGAUCACUUGGUUACUAGCAUUGUUAUCGUCUAUAUCAACGUUUGCAUUCUCCUGUUACACUAUUUGGUUAGUUACAAAAAACGAAACUACUAUAGAGCAAUACGAGUGGAAUAGUAUACGAAACGACCUUCAAAUAUACAGUGAUAGCUUAAAUUGUCAAACUAGCGCUGUCAACAAUGUAUUUGAUCUUGGAUCUAGAAAAUCUAAUUUCAAUAGUGUUAUGGGUAAUAGUUGGAAAGAAUGGUUGCUUCCAAUUCAAAAAUAUGUUGUUGACUCAACUGAUUGCUACACGGAUAAAGGAUUAUUUUUCCCUGUUAAAAGUGAUAUAUAUGACGAGUAUCGCGAGAGCGCAAAUCUUCAACAACGAUUAUUAUCAAGGCUAAGCCCAAGAUCGUCAAUGGAAAAUAUAUAA